AUGUCCCAGCCUUGGUCGUAUUAUAAUUCCUCGGGUUAUUACCCAUAUCUUUAUUAUGGUUAUCCAAGUAAUUCUCAGGCGCCUGUAACUCAGCCAACAGCUGACGGGUCCCAGCCUCCUGCCACGUCUGAUGAUAAUGCUCAGCCUUCUGUGGCGACUGUUCCAACAUCAAGCGUCCCACCUCAGCCAGCAAUAGAUCCUUACGCGCUCUACGCUGCGCAGUACGCCGCAGCCGUUGCCUCCACAGGUGACCCAGCUUUGGAUGCUGCUCAAAGAUGGAAUUCUAUGAAUUGUUCUUAUUUCAAUUCACUGAACGGGACUACUUCAACUACGACGAACAGCAUAAAUAAACCCAGUCCUUUAAAGUCAACAGCUCCUAAGGCGGAAUCCUCUGCUAACACCUCGGGUGCGUCACAAUUAUUUGAAGCCGGUGGUGGAGAAACCAAAUGGAGUCCUGAAUUGAAGGAUUAUGUUCGAAGAGCAUUUCUAAGUACCGAGUCUGCUGUUGAGAAGGACCAAAUGGAGAGAAUUCUUCGUCAAAAAAUAGAGUACGUUUUUUGUAAUAAUAAGGCGGUUGAUUGGACAAAAGAACAAAUCCCAGUAAUUCCAAAGAUUUCUUCACUUAUUGCGUCGGCAUCUACCUCGAAAUCCUCAGUCAAUUUGGUACGCCCUUCUUCUAUUCAACCUUGGAAAACCCGUGGUAACGCCGGAUCUCUGCAGACUGGCACCUUAGCUAGAAAUCAGACGUCAACUUUGAAUUCUGGCUCGAGUGCUGGUAGCAGCGCCUCUGAUUCACCCUCAAAAUUUCAUGAUGUUAGUAAAAGAAAGCGCUCAAUUCGUCGACGGAGUAGAUCUUCUAAGUCUUCAUCUCGAUCUUCAUCAUCAGAAAUCUGUGUCUCUAAGAGAAAGUCUUUUCGUGGUAAAAUUAGGAAUAAUAAGAAGCCAGCUAACGCCAACAACCUGAAUGAUAGCGAAUCGGAUCUUUCCCAGUCCCCAAAUCAACCCAAGUCCAAACGAAGUAAGAAUAAAAGGCAUAACACCAAACGCAAUGGACGAGGUGGUACCAAGCAAAAACUCUGGACACAGUCAGAUACCCCACAGUCUCGUUUAAAUGAACGGGCUGAACGUUUUAAGGAUCAUCUUGAUGCUGGAGCUAUUGCUAAAUCUACUAGUCAACUUAAUUUACUUUCUAGCCAAGUAAACACACAUGUAGCGUUGGAAAGCAUCACCUUUGCCGGAACCAUGCAGGAGCUUGAAAAACCCUAUCUCCGAUUGACAAAAGCUUCCCUUCCUUCUGAAGUUCGGCCUGAAAGUGUGCUGCAUCUCUCUCUUGCUCAUGUUUUAAAGCGAUAUAGGGAUGGAAAAGAUUAUCAUUGGGUUUGUGAUCAGCUUAAAAGCAUUCGGCAGGAUCUUAUAGUUCAACGCAUUCAAUCGGAAUUCGCCGCUAAGGUAUACGAAACCCACGCAGAUCUCGCUUUGGAAGUAGGAGAUUCCUCUGAGUUCCACCAAUGCCAAUCCCAACUCGCUCUCCUUCAUGCCGAUGGCUAUGGUGCGUCUCGCCGUUCGGAAUUCACUGCCUACCGUCUACUCUACUACAUUUCCACGGAGGAUCAGCUAGGUAUGAACAAGCUCCUUUCCUCUCUAAAGAGUCUUGAGAAAGCAAAUCCAUUUGUGCGUUUCGCACUUAAAGUACGUGAAUUUUGGUCCUUGGGUAACUACAAGCGCUUUUUCGAUAUGGCCUGCGAUCCUGAAUGCUCAAUCCCUUAUGAGACUGAGUCUUGUUCCAUGCAAGCCUGCCGACUAAUUUUAGCCUGGUCUCUUGAACGGGAACGAAAGUUGGCGGCUAAGAAGAUCUUUAUGACUUACCGUCCAACAUUGAGUAUGGAAUUCAUCGCAAGAACCCUGGGGUUUGCGGAUUCGAAUUCAUGUUCUGAAUACCUCACUGAGAAGUUAGGAAUUUAUGUGGAAAACUUGACCGAAAUUGACAAAAUAGACUGUAAAGUUGUAUGGUCGCAGAUCCAGUCACAACUAAACUAG